AUGGAGCGUGAAAAAUCAUCAGUAGUGGUGUCAGAGAAGCGUGAGGCGCUCGCUAAGGUCGAAGUAACCAACGAGCGUGUGAGAGAGGAUGCCCGGCCCAGCACCAGGGCGGAAGCCGAGCCGGCCGCCCCCGCGGUCGGCCGGUGGGGCGCCGAGUGGCCGAAACGGCAUGCGAUUCAACCGAGUGAACGGCAUGUGACGCCGCCGGUGCCCCGGGCACCGCUGCCGCUGUCCAGAUGGGCGCAGCCCCGCAAACCGCUCUCGCUCACUCCGACCACCCACGAGGAGCUCGCCACAGAAGCGGAAACCAUCCUGCGAUCCCUCCUCGUCACAGACAACUACGACUCCGUCAACAACUUCCUCGCUCUCUAUGACGAAUUCAACAAGACGAGGAGCAGCCUCUUCGAUUUGUUUCACAAGUAUUCCCCACCUAUAAGGAGUAAGAAGCACACGUGCGUAGGCCUUGGCAUCGAGCUGAUAAGACGGUUGCGGGUUCUGGAUAAGAAAUUCCGCGGAUUCACCGCGGCUAUGUCACUGGUGUCCUGCGAGGAGGCGGUGGUGGACGUCCACGAUUACGUGACCUGUGGACCGGGUCCUGAAAGCGUAGUAACUGCGGAAAAAGAACAUGUCAUGGUAGCCAUCCAAGUGGUGGUAGAUGGUAGGCCAGGCGUGAUGCUGGCUGAUCCCGGGUACCACGUUCCGAGAAUCGUGACUGUAAUGUCAGAUCGCGCUUAUCCUCAUACUGGUUGGUUUACACAAUCUGAUGAACCACUCUGUCGGAAGGAGUACGAGUACAGCUUCAAUCCCCAAAACCCCUCUUAUGUAGAAUGGCAUGAAAGGGAGACGCGUGGUCCCAACGUUAAGUACCAAACCUCGCUGGUGUACGUCGCCAGGCCAUAUCUUGAUGGAGUCAAUGUUACGGAGAGAAGGAACUUGGUCUAUAAUUUUAGGAGUCUUCUAGCUCGUGAUCAAAAGGGACAUCUAAAAGCCGGUCUCUACUUCCCCGUUGGCGGGAAAGGCAAAGAUGCCAUGUUCACUCUCUUCUUUGACAACGGGGAGAAACGAAAGGCGAAAUACAAAUUCAGCAUAUUCUCUGAUAUUGACGCUAUCCCAAAGAUAAUCGUCGAAGAAGUGGAGCUAUGCAACAACUUAAUGAACUACAAGCCAGGCGAACUUCUGCGCAUUAUAUCCAAACUAGCGAAAGCCAUCGCAGACCAAUCCUUCAUAGAUCAAGUGCUCGAAAUCAACGAGGAGAUUUGCCGCCUCUGUCUCUGA